UUUAACGACAAAAUAACUAUCUCUCAUAAUUAUUCUAUAUUUUAUAAAUUAUAAAUGUACUGGUAAUCUGGUAAUGUAGAAUAAACCGACCUCAUCGCCUGAUCGUCUUAUGCGACUGUGCAUGCGACCGUGGUCUUAUGCUUAUUUUGCAACCAAAAUAUAUAGCCUAUUUUCAGCAUACUUUUCCCAGUUGUUCCUUUGAAGUGCAUUUUCAAAGAAAGGUUAAGUCACCAAAAUUCACCAUAAAAGAAUCUCCCACAUAUAACCUCCAUUAUUCAAUUGAACAGUAUUAGAAGAUCUAAAUGGAGACACUCAAUCCAGAGAACGUUUUGAAAUUUAUGAAUCUAGUCAAUAAUUUGAAGCAUAGUUCUCGACGAGGUUGGUCACUCAUCGACGUAAAAGACCAUGAACAUAUUGCUGGUCACAUGUAUGCCAUGGGGAUGAUGACGUUCCUACUAGGAGAUAAUUCUAAUUUAGACAGGUUUAAGUGUCUCCAACUAGCUUUAGUCCAUGACUUAGCAGAAAGUAUUGUUGGAGAUAUUACUCCACAUGAUAACAUUCCCGAAGACAAGAAACAUGCCUUAGAAGAUAAAGCAAUGAAAGAAAUUGCCUCGCAUUUAGGUGAAGAUAUAGGUCCUAUGAUAUACAAUCUUUACAAAGAGUAUGAAGCAAAGCAAACAGCAGAAGCAAUUUUUGUAAAAGACUUAGAUCGUCUAGAUAUGUUGUUCACUGCCACACAUUAUGAAAAACGUGACAAGACACCAAACAAAAUGCAAGAAUUUUUUGACGCAACAGAAGGCAAAUUCAAACACCCCUUCAUUCAAAAAUUGGUGCUUGCUUUAAUUGACUAUAGAAAUAAUCCUCAACAAUUAAAUGAAACUAUACCUAAUAACGCAAUUAUCAAAGAAUAAAAAACACAUUAUUUGA